AUUAAACCUUUUCUGGGACGUUACAUAAAAAUGCUAAAUAGUGACCAGGUCUUCAAUUCAAUGCACGAAGCAUCUUCUCAUCAUGUGUAUCGGAUUCUACCCUAAUUACUCCUUGUGAGACCCUUUACACUAGGAUACUGUGCGCUAGCAGGGAAAAGUUCUUGGCCCGUCCAACACUACCAGCCCAUUUCCACAACUUCAGUGCAAGACCGGGACGACCAUCCGAUGAUGCUAGACGGGCACCCUCAGUCUCUGGAGGUUGGAUUCUAUCCGGUAUCGAUUUAGAGGCAGGAGGCACAUGGCUAGGCAUCAAUAGGGCUGGUCAGAUCGGUUUCUUGUGCGCAUCAACUACUGACUACGUAGACUACUUGCAUAGAAUAAACACGAUUAUACACAGAACCAAUAUCACCGAACCUUUGGACGAGAAGAAGUACGCUGUCUCCCGUGGAUUGUUUGUUCAGCAGUAUCUUUCGCAUAAUGGCAGUACACCAUUAUAUCUGUUCAGCUACCUUAGCGAGCACUAUGACAGAGAUACAGCGCGCCCUGAGACUGGCGGUUUCAACUUCAUCCUCUUCGCACCGAAAUCAUCGAAAUCAUCGGGUUUGGAGUACGAAGCUGCUCUGCUGACCAAUCAUGGAGCUUGUGGCCCUUUGGAAUAUCGUUCCAUCUCUGCCGACGAAUGUCAUAAUGGAGGAAUAUCCAACGCCAUAGACGGGAGCCCCAUAGAUGGUCUUGGUCGAACAGGACCAUGGCUAAAGAUAGAUAUUGGUCGUGUACAGUUCGAGGGAAUCUUCGAGGCUGGAAGAUCCUCAAGUCCAGAACUGACCGGUGACGAGCAGGAAGCGGCUCUGAUAGAGGCUCUCAUGGAACUCAUGGGAUGGUCGCUGCCGUCUUCCGAUUCUUCCCUAGAUCACCUCCGCGACUCGAUUUUUAUCCCACCAUUCAAUACUGUACCUCGUCUCUCAACCCCAGUCGACUCUGAUGCCACUUCAUCCGCGCAACCACCUCCGACGGAGAGAAGCAAACUUAACGGCACCCGUUUAACUACGAUCAUUUUAGUUCGGAGAGAUGGAGGAGUCUGCUUUGUGGAAAGAGAUAGAAGCGUGCUGAAGGGAGAUGGAGGCCUGGAUGAUGUGGCUGAGGUUUUUGGGCUAGGAAAAUGGGAGACACAGCGACUGUACAGGUUCUCUCCUCGUUAGGGCUGCCUAGACUUCUCCACAUUGGAAGUUGUAUUCACAACCCCGCUUCCUGCCCUGGAUCUAAAGACACAAAUACCACGGUGCUCCGGGAUGACUUUGUUGACAACUCCAAGAGACAUAAAUUGUCAAUUUAACCGGCUUACACAGCGUUCCUAUACUGAUAGAACCAAAGG